UGGAACCCUUUGAAAGGAGAUUAUGCGUUUGCGAUUGCUGUGAGUACUGCUCGCCAGAUGGGGAAUGGAGUUGACAAGGUAUUAGAUUCGGUAUCUUAUUCUCGUAUCUCAAGCACUCGUCAUGGUGUCUCCCAUGAUCCCGGGUGAUGUGGUUGACGGGAUGCGAUCAUGGCUUGGCGUGCAGGUGGAAUGGAUGAAGACGUCCGAGCAAGGGGAGUGGGCAAAGAACUAUGGUGAUAACAAAACCCUCUGGUAUCAUGCUAUUGUAAACGCGCCAUUUUCCGACCGUAUAACGCUGACGAUCGUACAGAUCGCGUCCCACUUAUCUGUGACAGAGGCUGAGGAAGGUGCCAAGAGAUAUGCCGACGAACUUGUUGGCCAGUGGCGAGCCCAGUACCCUACUGCAGAAACGUUCUUCGCCCGAGAUCUCAGGCGCACCCGACCCCGCCACUAUGCCCUAUUUGCUCUUCAGCCCCUGUUCAUCCUUGCUCGGCUGACCGGCCAAUCGUCUUCACCCACUUACUCUCCAACUCUCCUUCAGUAUCUGACCGAGUUGGUAGACUUGCUUUCCCAUAUCGAGCCAGGAGCGAUGGAGCGCCCGUUGGAGGAUGAAGGAGGCCGCUACGAGGCUGUUUCGGCGUGGUAUCAGAAGAUGCUGAGCAGUAUGAAGGGUCACGGGGAGGGAUGGGAAGAUGAGCCUGAUGGAAAUGGGUGGGAAGGUGGGUGGCAGGAGAGGGCGAAAGUCUCUUGGGGAUUUGUAUAGCCUCUCGUCAUCGUCUGUUGUACAGGGGUGCUCUUUAUGCGAGGCGCAGAGCAAUAUCUCGUAUGCAGUCUGAUACCAGCCGUCUAGCUGGUCG